CAGAAGCCUCUGCAGAAAGCUUCAGCAAACUUUCUCUUCACAUAAACCCAGCCCAACACCCACCCAGGAAAAAGAUAAGAGAGAGAUAUUAAUAAACCAAAACCAACCAGUAAAACUCAUAGCCCCACCUUUCUUUUCUCUCUAUGGACUUUCAUCUCAAGCAAUGGAGAAACCAGCAGCAUGAGUCAGAGGAACAACAGCCCUAUUCUUCUGCUACAAAGAUACCAAAACUUGAGCACCUUCAGACCCAAACACACCCUGAACCAGCUUCUGGGUAUGCUCUCCCUUUGUUUGUACCUGAACCAAACACCAAAGUCAUCAGCACCCUGUCAGCAUUUUCUGAAUCUACUACUCCUACACCAGCUUCUUCUGCCACCAGAUUUCCCAGGAUGGGGAGCUUCUUCAGCAUGAGUCAGUGGCAAGAGCUUGAGCUGCAGGCUUUGAUAUUUAGGUACAUGCUGGCUGGUGCUGCUGUUCCUCCUGAACUUCUUCAGCCAAUCAAGAGAAGCCUUCUGCAUUCUCAAUUCUUCUUCCACCACCCUCUUCAACAGUACCCCGCUUUGUUGCAAUCUGGGUACUGGGGAAGAGGGGCCAUGGAUCCAGAGCCGACCAGGUGCCGGAGGACAGAUGGCAAGAAAUGGCGGUGCUCUCGAGACGUAGUGACCGGUCAGAAGUACUGCGAGCGCCACGUGCACCGCGGACGAAACCGUUCAAGAAAGCAUGUGGAAGUCACCACCACCGCCACCACAACCACAAACGCCGCCGGAGGAGGAGGAGGAGGAGUAAGGACUCUUGAUGCUACCACCACCAACGCAGUCGUUACUGUUGCCUCAUCGUUGGGAAAUGGGUCGGAUGGGACCCAUUUUGCUCUUUCCGGGUCGUCCCCUUCCAUCGAUCUGCUCCAGCUCAAACAAAGCUCUUUGGAGUCCAAACAUGAGAACAAGAGCUUCUUUGAUAACCGCAGGGAGGUUUCGGGAGGUAUUCAAUCCGACAAUCAUAUCUUGCGGCCUUUUUUCGAUGACUGGCCGGGACAGCUCCAAGAACCGGACAAUGGGAGAGGCAAUGCUAGCUCAAUGAACUCUGCCACCUCCCUCUCCAUUUCAAUACGUGGAAACACAUCAUCAGAUGUGUCGUUGAAGUUGUCUACCGGCAAUGGAGUAGAACCAGGCCAAGAGAGUGAGCAGCCGCAAUUGAAUUGGCCAACGGGAUGGGGGACAAACCAUAUGGCUUCAUUGGGAGGGCCUCUUGCAGAGGCUCUGCGUUCCUCCAACUCCAACUCCAACUCCUCACCGACCAGUGUUCUUCAUCGGUUGCCUCGUGGCUCAGUCUCUGAAACUAGCUUCAUCAGCACCUGAAUAUCAUAUCAGACAGUUCCAACUUCCUUUUUCCAGUUGCUUGUAUAAAUUGAAUCAGUUUUAUUUUUAACUGGACCAGAUUCAAUUGCUUGUUUAAUCAAGAACAACUUUGUUGCCAA